AUGUCCCACACCGGCUUCGACGAGGGCGCUCCCAAGACUGAGAUCAUCACCCUCACCUCCCAUGUCCUCUCGCAACAACAGCGCCACCCCAUUGCCACCGGCGACUUGACCCUGCUCCUCACCGCCAUCCAGACGACCUGCAAGUUCAUCUCGACCAACGUCCGCCGCGCAGGACUCCUCAACCUGAUCGGCGCCGCGGGAUCCGCCAAUGUCCAGGGCGAGGACCAGAAGAAGCUCGACAUCCUCUCGAACGACAUCAUGGUCAACUCGCUCCGCGCCUCGGGCAAGACGGCCGUCCUCGUCUCGGAGGAAAUCGACGACCCCAUCAUCAUCGACGCCGCGCACCGCGGGCGCUACUGCGUCGUGUUUGACCCGCUCGAUGGAUCGUCCAACAUUGAUGCCGGCGUCAACAUCGGCACCAUCUUUGGUGUCUACAAAUGCGCGGACGACUCCGAAGGCAAGGUCGAGGACGUUCUCCGUCCCGGCUCCGAGCUCCAGGUCGCCGGCUACUGCAUGUACGGCAGUUCCGCCAACUUGGUCAUCUCGACCGGCCAGGGCGUCAACGGCUACACCCUCGACAACGGCAUCGGCGAGUUCAUCCUCACGCACCCCAACAUCCGCAUUCCCGACCGCGGCAAGAUCUACUCCUUCAACGAGGGCAACUCGCUCUGGUGGGACGAGCCGGUCGUCAAGUACCUGGAGAGCAUCAAGUACCCGACGAACGGGAAGCCUUACAGCGCUCGUUACAUCGGUUCGAUGGUGGCUGAUUGCCACCGGACUUUGCUCUACGGAGGCAUCUUUGGGUACCCGUCGGACAAGAAGUCGCGCGACGGCAAGCUUCGCAUGCUGUACGAGGCGUUCCCGAUGGCUUUCCUCUUCGAACAGGCGGGCGGCAUGGCCACAACCGGCAAGGAGCGCAUCCUCGACAUUGUCCCGACGAGCAUCCACCAGCGUACUCCCGUUUUCAUGGGCUCGAAGGAAGACGUCGAAGACGUCCUCAAGUACUUCAAGUGA